AUGGCGGACAAAAUGUCAACGUACACGCCGCUGAUGGCCAAGAACCUCUCUAUCGAACCGAUGAACACGAACGAGGCGAAAUGGAUCACGCUGAAGAAGAUCACAUACGAGGACCCUGCGGGCAAGCGAAGAGUGUGGGAAUCAGCUGAGCGACAGACGAGAGCCAAGGACGCGGAGAUCGACGCCGUCGGCGUCGUGGCCAUCCUCAACGACCCCAAAUCCUCCAAGGGCCCCUCCCUACUGCUGCAGAAGCAGUUCCGUCCCGCCGUUGACAAAGUGGCCAUCGAGGUGCCCUCGGGGCUCGUCGACGGGGGGGAGUCCCCCACCGACGCCGCUAUCCGCGAGCUGAAAGAAGAGACAGGCUACAUCGCAACGAUGCCCACAGACGCGAAGGCCGCCGAGGGGAUUCUGAUGUUCAACGACCCGGGGUUCUGCAACACCAACACGAAAAUGAUCUUUGUGGAGGUGGACAUGCGCGAUCCCCGGAACCACGAGGAGAACUUGAAGCCCGAGCUGGAGGAGGGUGAGUACAUCGAGUGCUUCACCCUGCCCUUGGAUAACUUGUGGAAUGAGCUGGUCGACCUCGAGGCCCAAGGCUUUGCGAUCGAUGCGCGUGUCGGGACGCUGGCUCAGGGCAUGGAGAUUGCGAAGAAGUGGAAGGGCAUGCUCAAGAUGGAUGUCUCAUAG